GAAGGGGCUGAUGAGGGUGGGGGAAAACUGCUCGGAAGCGGAGCUGUUCCGCGUUUCCUCCGCGCCGCCCCCGCCCGCCCGUUUCGCCAUUGGCUCUCGGAGCGCUCCUGGCCCCGCGCCUCAAAGCCGCGCAUCGCCCCGCGCAUCCCGCAGCUCCGCGUCCCCCGGCUCUCCCCGUUAUCCCUUCUGUCUGGGGGAAUCGUUUCUUUUUAUGUCCCUUCUUAUUGUUAAUAUCGCUUUGUUGUUGUUAUUAUUUAUUAGCGCUCUUAUUUAUCGUUCCUCUUAUUUCCCUUUCCAUCUCCUCGCCCGGGACGCGCAGCCGGCCGUCCUUUCUCCUCCGGCCCCCAGCCCCGCUCGCUCCGUUCCCCGCAAUCCGACGCGGGGCUCUUCGAGAUGAACCUCAACUUCACCUCUCCGGUUCACCCGGUCCCCGCGCCCCGACCCACCUCCUUCUUCAUCGAGGACAUCCUGCUGCACAAGCCCAAGCCCCUGCGGGAGGUUCCACCCGAGCACUUCGCCGGCUCCUUGGCCUCCCGCGUCCCGCUCUUGGACUAUGGCUACCCCCUGAUGCCCGCCCCGACGCUGCUGGCUCCACACCCGCACCCGGCCCUGCACAAACCGGAGCACCAUCACCACCACCACCCCUACUUCCUCACCACCUCGGGUAAGUGCGGGGCUUUGCGGGUGCAGCCCGAGAUGGAGAAAGGCUCCUCAACCCCGCGCAGGGUGCGGGUUUCUGUUUUGGGGCUUCGGGUCCCUGCCUUGCCGAGCCCUCGACUUCGUCAGCGGGGAUCGGAGAGCUCAACCAGCCGAGAUUUUGAGCCCAGCGACCCCAGGCUUUCCCUCUCCCCCUCUGCUCUUUUAUUUCGUUUUGAACUCUUUUAUAUUAUGGUUCUGGAAUGGGACCGGGCUUCACUUUUCCACGUCCAUCAGCAGCGCUGGGGCCGUGCCGGACCAUCCCGGGGCGGGGGGAGACUCCGCGCCCGUCCGUCCCCCCGAACCCUUCCCAGGGCCGCUUCCUCCAAAGUUUCUCCUCGGGAGGCCGAAGUUUUUCUCUGUGUGGCCAUUCUCUCACUGCCUUCAUUUCCUUCGGCUUUUCUCCCGUCUCCUGGGUACAUUUCGUUGGCUUUAAUUGCUCGGAGGGUGAUCGCUCCGUUUCUGAGAUCGGCUGAACCGCACCUGCUGGGGAUGGCUCGGAUGGGGCGUUUUCAGAGAGAAGCUGUUCCUCACACCAUGAAGGCAGCCACCAAAAUCAGUCCUUUCUUCACACCCCUGCCUCUUCUCGUGCACCUCCCAGCCUCCUUGUAA